AUGAAGUCCUCCACACCCGUUGCAGCGCUCCUCCCGGCGCUCGCCUCAGCAACCACGCACCACCUCUUCGUCGGCACCUUCUCCGGCGCAAACCUCUACGCCGUCGAGUUUGACGACCAAGCGCUGACGCUCACGCUCGCGGCCAACAUCAGCGCGCACGCGGCACACGCCUGGAUCAACCUGUCGCACGACAAGAAGGCCCUCUACGCCGUCGAGGACGGCGGGUGGACUUCGUACUCUGUCGACAACGCCAGCUCGCUCACGCACACGGCGACGGUCCCGCUGGGCGGCGCCAACUGCAGCUCUGAUCGCAGCAUCUUCGUGCUGGGCUCGCACGCGCCGCCGUACGCCGUCUACGGUGACCCGUUCGGCAACUGCGCCAACGUGCUGCACGUCGACGCCGACACGGGCGCGCUCGCCGAGGUCGCGCAGAAUGUUAGCUACGCAUCCGGCUCCGGCGUGCAUGGGCUGGCGCUGUCGCCUGACGGCCGCUUCCUGUACUCGGCCGACGACUCGGGCAACGCCGUGUGGACGCACGAGGUGGAUGCUACCACGGGUUUGCUGACGCAGGUCAGCAAGCUGGAUGGUCCGUCCAGCGGCUCCAACCCACGCCAUGCGGCGGUGCAUCCGAACGGUGGGUUCCUGUACGUGGUGCUGGAAGAGGCGAACACUUUGGCGCAGUACCGCCUCAACACUGAGACAGGCGUGCCGAUUUUUGAGAAUGUGACCUAUCCGUUGAUCCCUCAGUCUGAGCUAUCGAGCAACAACGCCAACUACUGGUCUGACGACGUGGCCGUGGCGGCGAGCGGCAACUUCCUGUGGGCGUCGGCGCGCAGCCGCGACGAGACUAUUCCCGGCUACAUCAGCGGAUACCGGCUCUCGGAGACUGGCGCCAUCGUGGAGCAGCUCUUCCUGACCAACACGACGACGUCGGGCGGUUCGGCCAACGCCGUCACUCCGGCGCCGUUCGGUGACGAGUUCGUCGCGCUGACGGACACACAGGAGGAGUUUUUGCAGGUCUGGAGGUACGUCAACGGCUCGGCGGCCGAGGUGGUGGCCAGGCUGGACUUGCAGGAUGGUGGAUGCUGCGCCAAUGCUGUCUGGCUGGAUUAA